UCCCCAGCACGGCGACAGCCUCCUUCCCUCCCAGGGCUUCCUUCGGCUCCUGCUGCUGGGCCUGGGGGUCCUACCUUCUCCAACCUCUGCUACCUGUGAUGAGCCCCCAACAUAUUCCCAUAUGGAGCUCAUUGGCAACGCGAAAACCACUUACGACGUCGGGGAACGAGUUGAGUAUCGGUGUAAGCCUGGGUACCAGCGGAGUCCUUCUGAAGCCAUCUUUACAGUUUGUGGUGCGGACGAUAACUGGCCGCCUCUUUCAGAUGAUGCUUGUUAUAAAAAAUCAUGUACACUUCCACAGGACCCACUAAAUGGACACGUAAACUUCCUCAAUGAAAGUUACGAGUUGGGAACGCAAGUUCAAUUCAUUUGUAAUAAUGGUUUCUAUUUAAUUGGAAAUGAAAUUCUCCACUGUCUGCUCAGUGGAUCCGACGUGCAGUGGAGCAGUGAGGCCCCAGAGUGUGAGAAGUCUCUAUGUCGACCGCCCCCUAACAUACCAAAUGGAGGUUACUCAAGCAAGAAGGUCGUGUUUGAGUAUCUUGAAGUCGUAACGUAUACGUGCAAUGACAAUCCUGGAGGUGAUAAAUUUUCCCUCAUUGGGGAGGCCACGCUUCACUGUGCUGGGAGAGGUGUGUGGAGCAGUGACCCCCCUGAGUGCAAGGUGGUCAGAUGUCCACAUCCCGCAAUCCGAAACGGAAGACAGACGUCAGGAUUCAGAGCAAAGCAUUUCUACCAGGCCAGGGUGACGUUUGAGUGCCUGGACGGCUUCUUCCUUCACGGACAGGUUAUGGCUGUCUGCGAGGCUAAUGGCACUUGGCAGCCCCCCCUUCCAAGAUGCCUUCAGGAGCCCCCUCGUCUCACCACAAACAUUCCUGAGUCCAGAGGUGCAGAACCCACCAGCUCAGGAUCCAGUGGCGCAGGACCCAACCUCCCAAAGUCCAGCGCAGGCCGACUUCACCGUGAGCACUUAGGCGGGUGGGUGGUUGGUCCCACUGUUGCCUUCCUCUUGCAGGAACACUAAUUCGCAUCUGCCUGUGCAAACAUCCUCAAAACGAGAGGUAAAGGAGCCCAGAGGUGAAUGGAUAUAUCACUUGCCCCCCAGAAUCAGAUAUCCUCCCAGAGCAAGCCAAAAGGUUUUUAUAAACUUGUUUACCAGCUUGGUUUGAAUUCCAUUAAAAUUCAUUU